GCCAUGUUAUUUGACUAACUUCACAUCGGUGUGCUCUCAAAACAAAUACGUGCGUCGUGCGGUCCAUUGUUUAUCGUUCAUAAAAACAAAAUAAACGUGACCCACAUUUUUUGUGAGAGUCCCAUUGGAUUCUAUUUCGAGAUAUUUGUAGGUUUUCAACUUCGAUUUGCAUUACUAAGCGUUCGUUGCGCCGCCGCCAUGGAAGUCGAGAAUUUCGCUUCCGAUUCUGAAAACGUGGCGGUAGACGAUAACGAAAAGCCGGUUGUAGACGAAGGCGCCGGAGACGCGGCCACCUCCCAUUCGGAGCGCCUGCGACGCAAAAAUAAGAAGUUUUGGCGCUCUAAUAGCAAGGAGGGACCGGUGAACGCGACGGCUGUGACGCCGCUGCCUAAGUACCGUAGCUGGAAGAACAGCCGCAGGCCUCGAAACGGCCAUGGAAGAGGCCUGCCAAAGAAAGGCGGCGCCGGCGGCAAAGGAGUGUGGGGCGCCCCUGGGUCUGAACUCCUUGAGGAGUACGUGGAAGACGCGAAUGACCCCAACUAUGACUCCGAAGCCAUCACCAACGGCGAUGUGGAGUUUAAGCAGAUCAUCGUCGAGGCUGAGCCUGAGGAAAUCGUGCGCAAAUCCGAGCCCGUUAUACUGGAGUACUUCGAACAUGGCGACACAAACGCAGCGGCUGAAGAUUUCCUAGAAUUCGUCACCAGCAAGAGAUCUCAUUUGGUUUGCGAGACGAUAGUGGAAAUAGCCCUGGACCACAAGCCGUCGCACUGCGAGAUGGCGUCCGUGCUCAUCUCUGAUCUCUACGGCAGAGUGUUCUCCGCUAAAGACAUUGGUGUUGCAUUCGACCGUCUCCUAGAAAAGUUACCGGACUUAGUGCUAGACACACCGGACGCGGCUGUGUUGCUGUCUAACUUCAUAGCGCGGUGUGUGGCCGACGACUGCCUGCCGCCGCGGUUCGUGCAGACCGCCAUGGACAAAACUGACGCUAAUGCUCAUGCCAAACAAGCCAUCCAGAGAGCGGAGACGUUGCUGUCCAUGAAACAAGGAAUGGUCAGACUCGAUAACAUAUGGGGAGUCGGAGGAGGCAUCAGGCCAGUAAAAUCCCUGAUCCGUCAGAUCCAGCUGCUGCUGAAGGAGUACCUGACGUCCAGCGAUCUGACCGAGGCCAUGCGCUGCGUCAGGGACCUGGAGGUGCCGCACUUCCAUCAUGAGCUCGUCUAUGAGACGGUCCUGCUGGCGUUGGAGACGGUGAACUCUAGCGUGGAGGAGCAGUUGUGCACCUUCCUCGCGGAGCUCAGCCGCCGCGGCAUCGUCACGCCAGACCAGAUGGACAGGGGUUUCCUCCGCGUUUUAGAGGACAUGAGCGACAUCGUGCUGGACGUGCCGCUGGCGUACAUCAUGCUGGACAGGUUCAGCGAGCGAUGCCAGCACAAGUUCCGGCUCGGAGACCACGUGCUCAAGCGCAUGCCCACCAGAGGUCGUAAAAGGUUCGUCUCGGAAGGUGACGGCGGCGUUAUCAAAGAUCACGCGCUGAAACUGCGCGAGUAAACACAAGCAUUUGUCUGCGGAGCCCUGCCACUGUCACUAUGGAGCCCUAACCAACAACACUGGGAGCCUUAAUCAACAAAAUUGGGGGCCCUAACCAACAGCAUUGGGAGCCCCAACUAUCAAUAUUGGGAGCCCCAACCAACAGCAUUAUUGGGAACCCUAUCCAACAGCUUUGGGACUUUGGGAGCCCUAACCAACAGCAUGGGGAGCCGUAACCUACAAAAUUAGGAGCCCAAACUAUCAAUAUUGGGAACUGCAACCAACAACAUUGAGAGCCCUAUCCAACAGUACUGCAAUACUCGUCACACUUGUAAGAACAAUUUUAUUUCAAAACUUUGUACAUCAAAAUAAUACUAAAAACUAGCAGAUAUGAUCAAAAACAUUUUUCAGAAUAAUAUGACAUUAUGACUUCAAAAAAUAACUCAAAUAAAUAUUGGUUGAAUAGCAACAGUUAUAAUAGGUAUUUGAAAGGAAAGAAGUAAUUAGUCCAUCGUUAAGAUAUCCCUAAAAUAAUGGACACGUAUUUUUGUUCUGUUAAUAACCAAUCAGACAAAAAAUAUAAUCUUUUCAAUACACAUUACACAUACACAUUACUACAUAAUUCCCAUCAAAAACUAUAUAAAAAGGCUCUAUAAGUAUCAAGUGGCAUUGGGCAAGCUACACUUUAAUGUGUUUUACGAGGAACUUACCUCCGAUAUUCUCGUCUUAAUACAUAGACAUAUUAGAAUUACAUACGAAAGAAUAAAAAACGCUUUUUCUAGACAUUUUUUCUUAAAAAAAAUGUCGAUGUUUUCGAUGUCAUCAAUUUAGAACAACGCUUUACGGUCUCUCCCAAUAAUCUAUUUCUGAAUUUGGUAACUAGAGAUUGAAUUUUGAAGUUGCUCUCAUACUCAAGUAGUUAAACUGUAGGUCCCGGCUGUCAUUGAACAUCCUUGGCAGUUGUUACGGGUAGUCAGAAGCCAGUAAGUCUGACACCAGUCUAACUCAGGUAUUGGGUUGCCCGGGUAACUGGGUUGAGGGGGUCAGAUAGGCAGUCGCUUCUUGUAAAGCACUGGUACUCAGCUGCAUCCGGUUAGACUGGAAGCCGACCCCAACAUAGUUAGGAAAAAGGCUAUGAGAAUGAGUCUUAUACAAGUAAUGUGAAAUUCCUAUCUCUAGGUAAUCAAACUAUAGAUUAGAUAGAUUAUUGAAAUCGGCCGUUAGUUUUAGCAUUACGAUUUUGUAUUUGAACUUGUUAAUAUCGCGGUUUUGCCCGUGUAUUGUCCUGUGUGUUAUUUUUUAAGGAUUGCAAUAAUAAUACCAAAAUUAAAAAUUAAUUGAAAAUUGUUCUGAUACAAAAUCGUAGUGUGUAAAACUCUAAAUAAUAAUUAGAUAAGGCUAUAUGGUUUGUUAUUACUGAUUUAAUAAUCAUUGUUAUAAAAAUACAAAAAAAAAUACUUCAAUAAACUUAAAACCUCCUAAUUCUAACAAAUGAUAUGCUGAAAACCACACGAAAAUCGAUUCAGCCAAAAUCGUUAUUUUUUUCUAACACAAUAUUUUUUCAGUAGUAAAAAACCAGAUAGCCGUCAAAAAGCGUUGGUAAAUAAUCACAUUAACUUGAAAAUAAAAAGUUAAUGAAAUAAUAAAUACAUAUAUAUUAAAAAUUCAUACAUCGCCGGUACAUAGGGCGACUGAUAUUUUUCAUACGCGAGUAGGAUAGAUUUGUAACUUAGUUUAUUUUUUUCUUUUUAUUAAGUCUAAAUGUACGAUUUUACAUAGAAAACUUAAUGUUUUUGAAGGUAUGUGUAUGAUGAAGAAAAUUCUAUAGUUAGUUUUGUCUUUUUUUGUUUAAUUUACUCAAUAAUGUUAUUUUUUUUUAGGAAAAUCAACUGUGAAUAUCAUUUUUUUUUCUUCAAAUAAAAAUUUUAAAAAUUUCGUAAACGUACGCUUCUUGGAAAUCAGUGAUUAUGUUGCGUUUAUGCAUUUUUUUCUAAAUCAUCAAUUUGUAACGGAAUCAUAUUAAAAUAACUUUUGCCUACCUAGCUUUAUCUUCGUAGUAAAACAUUAAUAUUAUUUUCUAUGUAAAAUUGUACAUUUCAAGUAAAUAGUGCGAACGGACUGCAGUAUGUAAGAAUUGGUCAUAUUGAUUAUAUAUUUAAAACUAUACAAUGAAAGAAAACAAUUUUUUAAGCAAGCAAAUUAUGUCAGAAAAAAUGAUCAAGUUUUCAAGACAGUUUUGAAUGUUUACUUUUGGGGAACUAUCCUGCGCACCUGGAUAAAAAGUAGCCUAUAUUAUUCCUUGAUAAAUGGGCUAUCAAACACUAAAAGAAUUAUUAAAAUCGGACCACUAGUUCCUGAGAUAAUCGCGUUCAAACUAAUUCUACAACUUUAUAAUAUUAGUAUAGAUUUAUUUAUAUAAUCAAUAUGUACCCUCUUUUUAAUUUAGAACGCACUUAGACGAUAUUAUUUUUUUCUCUUAUUAUUUUUUUUAUCAUAUUUUUAAAUGCUAUAGUACAAUCCGAUUUGUGUGUUCAAAAUUAUAAGUUUUUGGUGGUCAAAUACUAAAUACAUUUUUUUCUUUAUAAACAUAUUUUAACUAUAACGAUAACCGAACCAUUUUCAGUAGUCAAAUCGCCGAUGUGAGCAAUGCGCGGCAAGUAUACGGCUGGUUAUGGUUUGGUUAUCGUUAUAGUUAAAUGGUCCUAGUAAUAUGUUUAUUAAAUAAAAAUGGCUUUAGUACCAAAAAAAUGUAUUUUUAAGGCCACCAAUAAUUGUGUCUUUUUUGUUUUUAAAAUGAGAAUUGUGUUACAAAUGAUUCCAAAAUUGUAGGCAUUUAUUUUGAAAACUUAAAAUGAGUUUAAGCAUUGUUUUAUACAAUAUAAAUAAAUUGGCAAUGACAGGUAUUUGAUCUUGUCAUACAGUUAAAUAAAUUCGAAAGAAGUCCUUAAUCAUCAUCAUCAUCUCAGGCGGCGGACGUCCACUGCUGAACAUAGGCCUCCCCCUUAGAUCUCCACAGAUACCUGUUGGAGGCGACCUGCAUCCAGCGUCGACGGCGACCGACAUAAGAUCGUCUGUCCACCUUGUUAGUGGACGUCCUGGUCCUCAAUGGAAUAUAAAAAACAAACUGAUUUAUUUCUGUCUCAAGACAAGCCUUUAUUAUGUAAAAGUAUAUUAUAAUGCUUAGCUCAUUUGAAAGCGUUUUUUUUUGUGUUUAAAUAUGUUUGUAUGAAUGUGUGAUUGGCUGUAAUUGCUAAUUUUGACUUGAUAAAUGAUGUUAGAAGAUUUAAAAUAUAAUAAAUCAGCUGUUUUGGUCUUCCGUGGUCCUGGAGAAAUUACCGAGAGGAUUCUAAUUGCAAAAUUGUAUAAUUUUCUAUGGCUAGACUUUACGCGGCAAAUAUUUAGGACAUGCUUAAAAAACUAGCUUUUAGUCCUAAUUUACGGACAACAUAAACUUCAGUAUUCUUAAAACAUCAGCCGUCGUACCACAAAAACUUUUAAACGUCUGUUGAACACUUGUUUAAAAAAAUGACAGAUUAUGACGUUGAAAUAAAGUCUGUUAUGCAGCCAAAAAUUAGACAGGUGUUCAACAUAUGUUUAAGUUUUUGUAGCAAGGCCGUAGGUGUUUUAAGAAAAACUGACGUUCUGUAUUGUCAACUUGGCUUUAAUUUUAUUUUAAAACUGGUUAAACAUUUAUUUAUCAGGUCGAAUUUAGUCUAAAAAAAAAUUGUAUUGAAUUUUUGUUCCCCUGUCAAGAUUGGUCAAAAUUUUCAAAAGACAAUGUCUUUGUAUUCUGGUUGCUCUCGUCUCAGUUUUUUUUCUUUACCGCCCUGAAGUUAGCAAUACGGUGUUUGCGGACUGCGUUUUAAAAGCAUUUUUGUUUUUAUUUCAUUUUGAUGAAGUAUAUAAUAGCAUUUUCAAGUUCCUAACAUUUUUAAGACACCACUCAGUUAUAAUUUGUGUUAUUUUCGAAAAAAAUACAGUUUUGACAGGGCUGUUUUCUGUAAUUAAAUGACAAAAUUAACAAUAAGGUCCAUUUUGCCAUUACAAAUUUAAAAGUGCAUUUUAAAUUUAAGGUUUUUUUUUUAAUGAGCGUUUUUACAAGAGGUCUGUCUUCUGUCUGUGUGUAUAUCACUUUGACUAGAUUUUCUCUAUAUACCCCCCCAUUCUUGAAUAUGUAACCCCCCUUUUUAAAAAAUUAGGAUAAUAUAGGCAGAUGAUGGACCAUUGUAUACUAAAAUAAUACGAAAUUUCAAUCAUUUUGACCAAGUUUUUAAUAUUGUGUGUACAUUUCACGGUAAAUGGUGUGCCCAGUAUAUUUUCUGUUUUAAAAAUUUAAGGUUGUCUGAACAUGCCUUUUCAGUUUCCUGCCAUAAUAUACUGGGCGUUCUGUAGCAAAAUAUUGAAAUUUCGUCUUGUUUCAAACCGCUCAGUAGUAGGUAUAAGUUGUAUUUUAAUUUGCGUAAGUUAGAGAUUGUUAGCGCAGUCUAUUGUAAAUAAAACGAGGCAAAUAUAUAGAAUGUUUCACUUUUAA